AUGACAUCAAUAAUGCACGCGAGGCGCCAUCCACUGGCAAUCCACAAAAUUUCCGUGUCUACAGAGUGGUCUACUAGCAAUGAGAGCAGAGAAUUGAACCCCUCCAACUCGCGCCCGCCGCAGGACAGGACGAGUUCGGCAGUCUCUGUCCUUUCCAAAAUGGCGCCCCCGACCCAGACGGCCGGUCAAAAGCGCAAGGUAGCCUUCGACAAGGCAGGACAGACGUUCGCAGCACGCAAGCGACAGAAGAAUCAAGAUGCUCGCAAUAUUCCCGUGCAGCCGGCGGCGGCGACACUCUCGGCCCAAGGUGAACUCAACGUCGCCUCGUUCAUCAAGGCGCGGGAGUAUGAAAUCAGCGCGCUCGAAAGGAGCAUGCAGAAGGCCAGGAAGGUCUUGACUACCAGGGCAUUCCAGCAAGUCCCACGGCACAUGCGGAGGAGGACGGCCAGUCAUAAUGCGAAAAAGGUGCCCCGGCGGCUGCGGAGGAAGGCUGAACGCGAGAUGCAAGAAGACAAUACUCCGACGGUGACGAAGCGGACCCGUACACCAUCGCGGAAACUGAGAUUACGUCUGGAGACCGCAAAGGCUGUGCGGAAGAUGAACCAAAAGACCAAAACGGUGCGGCAGCGGAAAAGAGAAGCAAAGGCCAAUGCGAAGCAGACUGACCCAGAGGACCAUGUCUCGAUUUCUCGCGUGCCGCGCUUGAAGAAGAAUACUCUGGCCGAGCCGCCCAAGGCAACGUCGAAAUACAAAAGGAGGCAGGUCAACAAGACAUGGCUGCCCACUCAUCUGUGGCACACGAAGCGCGCACAUAUGACCCGGCCCACCGAGCCGCUGUGGAGGAUGUCGAUACCACUGAGUCCAACCGAGAAGAGUUACAGACCCAGUCAUCGCGCUGCAGGAAGCCGCGGAUGCAUUGCCUGGGACACGAGCUAUCUAUCCACGGUGGCAUGCAGAGGCACAGAGCAUACUUUGGACAAUCUGCUUGCAUCCUUGGGAUUCCUUCCUCAGGGUCUUUCAACCUCUCUCCUGAAAAAAUGGAAGGCUGGCACGAGGUUUGCCGAGGGCUGGGUUUACGAAAGAGACGGUACUAAACGACCCAUUGCCCCGAUUACGGUGAUAUGGUGCAUACAGCCGAAAGACCAGCCGGCGACUGUGCGAGACUCCCAGAGUGCCGAUGCCGACAAGAUGGAUGUCGAUCCGAAAGCCACGGAGGCUUCUUCUGGCCCGCCUCAACCUCAGAGAAAGCAAAAGACAAAGCUGGACCAUCAACUCUUGAUCCGGAUUCACCCUUCAGCAUUUCAUCAAUUUUGGCAAGAGUUAUUGAAAGUCGCCAAACUGCAGAAACCUCAGGUUUUGUUGGAAGAUCUUCGCUUCGAGGUCGGAAGCCUUCAAAUUCAGGGUCCCGGGCCCACAGAGGCAUUGAUGGGUGUAUUGCGACCUUACAGCUUGGCCGCGGGCUCCGAAGAUGCAAUUGGGAAUCUAUGGACAUCACUAGCAGGACUUAACAAUCCUGCAGUACUCCCUCAAAAUGCCAUGCUCUGGUUUGACAUAGUCGACCCUCGACUUAGUCAUCCGCCUAAACGGAUUCAAGUUGAUCAAGGGCCCAACCGCACAGCUCGGUUGAACGAGAUCUUGGUCUCCUGGCCUGCGGAUCGAGAGUUGCCCUAUGCUCGACUAACGUCUCAUAAAGAACGAUGGCUAGUCAGCCACUCGCUACCAUCUCAAAAAGCCAUCAACCGUCGGAGGGCACUGGCUCCGCCCGGUCAACCACCGGCACUGACAGCAAAGGAUCCUCAAAUUCCUAUGAUGCUGCUUGCCUCGAGGAGUGAUGACCACGCUGCCACCAACGGAGGUAAUUCGCAGGGAAAGUGGACUGUACUUCUACCGUGGUCUUGCGUGGAUCCCGUCUGGCGUUCCCUGAUGUACUAUCCUCUAACGGGUGGAGGAACGCCACGGUUUGGUGGACUCCACGAGACACAACAACUGGCUUUCGAACAUAAGACACCGUGGUUUCCUGGGGACUUUCCCGGUACUGAGGCUGGGAAAGCCUGGGAGCGCACCCAGAGUGAAAGGAGAUUUGACGAAUGGAUUCGCCGACCUCCGAAACAUAGGGUUGCCUUGGACAAGCUAGACCUGGGUCUGGGUAGAGUGGGAGAGCUCGGUAGAGGCUGGGCCUGUGAUUGGGAGUUUCUCUUGACGCCGAAGCACAAGGAAGAUGCUGGAGGGGUGCUCGCUGGAACCACAAACGGUGCGGCGCCGCCGGCGACCAAGGCAGCCAAACCGCCACUCACCCAGCGGCAACGUAAGGCAGCCAAGGCAAAAGCAAAAGCAGAAGCGGAACAAGCAGCUCGUCGACGCAACACUUCAAGCCCAGAAAGUGACGAUGAAGCCCAACCUCUGCCUGCCAUCCCAGAAAUCGAGUAUACUCAACUCCCUCCGUCAACGACCCUGUCGCUGUUGAAGAACCCGAAGCUGGCCAUGGCCACCCUCCCAUCAACCCCUGCCUUGAUGACCGUCCGCAUCACACUGCUCGACAAAGGCACUCCGGCCCCUGCAGCUCGCAUCUAUCGACUUCCAACACUCCCAAGAGUUGGUAAGACAGCACCGGACGCUGCUGCUGCUGCGCCUUCAACAAACGAGACGACUGCCGCAGAGACAGAGACAGAGAAAGAGCCAGAGUCGACACAAAAACAACCGCAGAGCUGGUCUUCGGCGCCACCACCAGCACAGCGACCUCCAUCCACCAGCACGACCGACUCAUCAUCUGACUCCACCACGUCAGCCCUCAAUCUCAAUCUCCGAGAUCGUUGGCUCGCGAUGGUCCCUCAACAUGCGAAUGCGCAGAAGACUACUACCGGUAAUCUGUCCCGACUACAGAAACAAAAGACCAACAAAUUCAAUCUCCCGCGUCAACAGCACGCUUUACCCCGCGAAUCACUCGCUCACAUCAACGUGCUUCCGCCGAAUGCGCCUCCCGAAAUCGUGGCCAAGUACGGACCCGACAGCGCAUUUGGACGCGGUGACGGCGGUGAGAUCGAGAUCCCCAAGGAGAGACAGAAACCAGCACAGCAACAACCGGCGGCGGGUCAACAGAAAGAUCAAUGGCGACAGGCAAAAACAACCAAUGAAAAAUCGAAAGGCCGAGCUGAAGCUGCAACCGAUGAUCAGCAGGUACGCCAAGCGGAAGCCCAUAUGAAAUCGUCUCUGGACCUGGCGGCAGUGGCAACGGCAACGGCAGCGGAUGACCUCCUGGUUUCUCCUCUCGACUCCCCAUCCGAAUGGGCAAAACAUCCUCCCUGUCCAGACGUCCACGAUCUCAUCGGCUUCGUGACUUCUGGCGGCUACAAUCUCGCCGAGGGGCGAGGGACCGCCGUGGGAGCCAUCUGGGCUCAGAAGGUGGUUGAAGGGUGGUUAUUAGACGAUGAAGAUGGAACCAAUACCGUCGUAACAACCACCACACAGCCAGGUGUAGCUCCUGCUACUGCUACUGCUGCUACUGCAGGUGGCGCCAACGCCGCCGCUGGCAGGGCAGUUGGGAAUCGCAGUCGUGGUGGUGCUGGGAGGAAACCGAACAACAGCCAACACGCCAACAAUGAUGUGCUGAGACAGAGACAGAGACAGAGACAGAGACAGAGACAGAGACAGAGAAGACUCUGUAUCGUCCGCAACGCCGGUGAGAGGAUCGGCCGCCUGGGCAUCUGGGAGUGCUGUGGUGCUUGA